UAUGUGGAGCUAAGCAUGUCUGGAAGCACAGGAGAACGUUCUUUUGCUGAUAUUAUUACCAGUAUUCGAUAUUGGGUCAUUCAUAGCAUUACUAUACCUUCCCUAUUUAUUGCGGGUUGGUUAUUCGUCAGUACCGGUUUAGCUUACGAUGUAUUUGGAAGUCCUCGGCCAAACGAGUAUUUCACAGAGAGCCGACAAGGAAUUCCAUUAAUAACUGGCCGUUUUGAUUCUUUGGAACAACUCGAUGAAUUUAUACGAUGGUUGGCUGUUCACGGCCUAGCUGUACCUACCGUUUUUUGGGGUCAAUAUCAGCAAUGCAGUUCAUCCAACGAUAAACCUAAUCCGAAUUAUAGAGCUAUGACACAAUCAAACCCGAAUGAACAAAAUGUUGAAUUGAAUCGUACCAGUCUCUACUGGGGGUUAUUACUCAUUUUUGUACUUGCUGUUUUAUUUUCCAAUUAUUUCUUCAAUUAG